AACUUCAUUUAAACUCGACGUUCAUCCCCAUUUGUGUUCGCUAAAAAAACUCUCUUAAACCCUUAGCUCAUUCUCGCUCUGAAAAAAUGGCUUCUUCUUCAUUAUCCUUGCACACAACCUUCAUCCCCCAAUCGAAUCUAAGAUCGGCCCCGUUCUCGUCCUUCACCAAAAGCCGCUCGAGACCCCGUUCCAUCGUGAGAAUCUGCGCUACGAUGAAUCUCGAUAGAUCUAAAUCUUCAUCUGUAGCUGCCUCCAACCUCUCUUUUCCUAUCAUGGUGAAUGGGUGUGCGGGAAAAAUGGGGAAAGCAGUUGCUGAAGCAGCCGUGUCUGCUGGCCUGAAUCUUAUUCCGGUAACAUUCAGCAAUUUAGAGUCUAAUAACCCUUUACACGUCGGCAGUAAAGAAAUUCAGAUACAUGGUCUUUCUGAAAGAGAAGGUGUCCUUUCUUCCAUUUUUGAUGAACAUCCAAAUCUUGUAGUGGUUGACUACACGGCACCUGAUGCUGUGAACGACAAUGCUGAACUCUAUUGCAAGAUUGGUGUUCCGUUCGUGAUGGGGACAACUGGUGGGGAUAGGCAGAUGUUGUAUAAGACAGUUCAAGAUGCAAAUGUUUAUGCAGUAAUCUCUCCACAGAUGGGAAAACAGGUUGUUGCAUUUCUUGCAGCCAUGGAAAUAAUGGCCGAACAAUUUCCAGGAGCCUUCUCAGGUUAUUCACUGCAGGUGAUGGAGUCGCAUCAAGCAAGCAAAUUAGACACAUCUGGUACUGCUAAGGCUGUUAUUUCAUGCUUUCAGAAGCUGGGAGUCUCUUUUGAUAUGAGCCAGAUAAAACUAAUAAGAGACCCCAAGCAGCAGCUGGAAAUGGUGGGUGUUCCUGAAGAGCACCUCUCUGGCCAUGCAUUUCACAUGUACCACCUUGAAUCACCUGAUGAAACAGUGUCCUUCGAGUUCCAGCACAAUGUAUGCGGCCGUUCUAUAUAUGCUGAGGGAACUAUUGAUGCUGCCAUAUUUCUGUCGAAAAAGGUGCAGUCCAAGGCUGAUAAGAAAAUAUACGACAUGAUUGAUGUAUUGAGAGAAGGCAACAUGCGAUAAGUUCUACUUUUGACAUUUGCUUUCUACUAUUUAUGUUGUGAGCCAAAAUUUUGGGCGGUUAGUAUAAAAUAUUUAUUUCAUCCAUAGGUUUAGUUUGAGUAUUCUAUUCCUAUCAUCAUGUUGUAUUAGUGUAGUACGUAAAAUUGUGUUCUCGCAUUUCUUAUCUUUGCUGAUUAGGAUCAAGUUUUCUGAGGAUUGAAUUGGAAACUAUUUCAGUAA